AUGAAUAAUACAAUCAAUAAUCAUCAAUGGGAACAAAUUAUUCGUAAUUAUUUACAAAAACUCCAAGUACUUCGUUUAACUAUGAGAGAUAAAUGUACUGCAUAUGAAAAUAUGCAGGAACAAGUCCUUCGUGAUGAUCAUCGAGAGUUUUAUGAUAAGAAGACUUGCAUCUUAGACGAAACAAUUUGGGGUCAAUCGGUUCCAUCCAAUAUUCAUUUAUUUGAAAAUCAUCAUCUUUGGAUAAACUUUCUUUUCAAUGCUCAAUUUUGGUCUAUUGUUCGAAGUUUAGCCAAACUAGACUCAUUUACAGUGUUAUCUCUUGCUGAUACUUUUCAUCCUCAAUUGCAAGUAUUAUUUGAUCGAGCGCCUCAUCUGAACGUACUAACCAUCGAACAAAAUGCAUCAUUACCUUUACAAAUGGCAUUAUUUAAAUAUACAAAUGCAUCAAUUCGUAGACUCUAUUUCAAAAACUUUAAAGAUCGAUUCAAUGGGGAAGAAUGUAUGAUAUUGGCUCAAUCAUAA